AUGCGGUCGAAGAUUGUUGGAAUCUCCGUGGCAGCAGCACUGCUCGUCAAGCUCGUCGCUUUUGUGCCAUCCUUGCCUUCGAGCCUGCGGCAGCGGUCCAGCAGCGUUUCCAACGUUCCAGUGCGGGCAGUACCUGGCGCGGAACCCAUUGGAAUACCUCUCACUCUUACUCCGGAGAACGUGGAGGUUGUCCUUCAAGAGGCCCGGUACCAUCACUUGCAGAACUGCUUCGGCUACGUGGAGGAGAGCACGGGCGCCGGCAUCACGGGCAAAGUCGAUCUCGUGGAGGUGGAGGGCCCUGUCGUAGCCAUCCACCUGCACGGCGCGUUCUGGCACAAAAGAGAGGACGUCCUCCGGCGCGUGAAGAAGUACCUGAUGCAGCGCAUCCCGGAGAUUGCAGAUGUCGACGUUGAGGAUCCGGACGACCUGAUCGAUGAAGGUCGCGACCGCACCGGGACAUUCUACCACCGCCAUUCUGACUGA